AUGGAUGGAUCCAGACCCCGAGGGGUUAAAGCCAGCCCCGAAAGGUUCCCUGAGGUCCUGACAGGGCCAGUUCUGCCCUUCGGGGGAGGAUCAGGGCGUGGGGCCCUCCCUCCUCCGAGCCUCGACGCCCUCUGCCCUCAGAACUUCGGCCGCAGCCUCUGGAUGGGGACGGGGAUGGAGCUCAAGGUGGGAACCCCAAAACCCCAGGGUCGCCCCCAGCAGGUGUCCCCCCCUGCCCUCCCUCCCGAGGUGGCCCCAGCAGAGGCCGCACGGCACCGGGCCCUGGCGGCCCUGGUGGCCCUGGCCGAGGCCUUGGGGACACCAGACAAUGUCCCCACGGCACUGGCUGAGGCCGAGGCUGCACUGAGACAGGCCCGGGUGGCCCGGGAGGGGCUGGAGAGGGCCCGGGAGGCCGCGGUGGCCCCGGCGGUGGCCCUGGGGACCCUGGGGGACGAGGACGAGCAGCGGCUGUGGCAGGUCGGGGCCAUGGCUGAGGCGGCAGCGGUGACACUGGAACGCGAGGAGGGACGGGCACGGCGGUGCCAGCGCUGGCUGCGGGCUGGGCACGGGCUGACCAUGGGGCUGAUGGUGCUGUGUGGGACCGUGUUGUCCCUGGACUCAGCCCGCGCCGCCCUGGGGGUGGCUGAGGACAGUCACCUGCUGCUGGCCCUGGCGGCGGUGGCCGUGUCCUGCGAGGUGGCCUGGCGGGGCUUGGAGACAUCGCGGCGUCACCUGGCCACUGCUGCGGGCCACCAGCGGGACAUGGCUCUGCGCCUGCGGGAUCGCGCCCGACGGGUGGCGGCCACCAGGGCCAGCGCCGAGGCCACCGCGGCCACCAACGAGGCCACCGCGGAUGUGCUGGGGCAGCUGGAGGAGGUGACGCGGGCGCUGGGGACGUUGGUGGCCGCUGUCACUCGGGACAGGGAGGUGACACCCGCUGCCCGGGUGCUCGGGGACAUCGUGGUGGCCUUGGGGACCUCGGGGGAGGGGCAUGAGGAGGUGACGCGGAGGCUAGAGGUGGCACAGGGGGCGCUGGCAGGGCAGGGGUAG